CUACAGUUCUAGUUGUCCCGCCCUGUCCCCUAAGGAACUAGUCGGUCUCGUGUGCUGAGAGGUACAAGCCGGCUAGCAUGGGGCUCUGUCGCAAAAACUGUUCGCAUUAAUUUAAUAACGUUAGAAAUAAAUCAGUGAUAUCGAAUCGUCAGGAACUUGGUUGCUUGCAGUCAGAGACGCCACAGUGGGAAAGGGCGGUGAGCUCGGUGCUUGGCUGUAGGGAACUUCUCUCCUGAGCAGAUCCAGCGCCGCUCACACAGAACAUGGCGGAGCACCAUUCCAUCUCGGAGUGCAAGCACAAAGCGUCUUCAAAUGCCGGGGGCUCGCACUCUGGCAACGGUCGGCCGAGCUCCGUAUCUGGGGCUAGUGGCGGAGGCCUCUCUGGUGGACUGACGCAACCCGCAGGAUGGCAGUCACUGCUGUCGUUUACCAUUCUCUUUCUGGCCUGGUUGGCAGGGUUCAGUUCAAGGCUCUUUGCAGUAAUACGAUUCGAGAGCAUCAUCCACGAGUUUGACCCUUGGUUUAACUACAGAUCCACGCAUCACCUGACCUCCAAUGGCUUCUAUGAGUUCCUCAACUGGUUUGAUGAGCGGGCAUGGUACCCUCUGGGCAGGAUAGUGGGAGGCACGGUCUACCCGGGGCUGAUGGUGACAGCGGGCCUGAUCCACUACGUCUUGAACCUGUUGCACGUGACUGUCCACAUCCGCGACGUGUGCGUGUUCCUGGCGCCGGUCUUCAGCGGCCUCACCUCCAUCUCCACCUUCCUGCUGACGCGCGAGCUCUGGAACCAGGGAGCGGGGCUUCUGGCCGCCUGCUUCAUCGCCAUAGUACCCGGAUACAUCUCCCGCUCCGUAGCCGGCUCCUUUGACAACGAGGGCAUCGCCAUCUUCGCACUGCAGUUCACAUACUACCUAUGGGUGAAGUCCGUGAAGACGGGUUCAGUGUUCUGGACCAUCGGCUGCUGCCUCUCCUACUUCUACAUGGUGUCAGCAUGGGGAGGCUAUGUCUUCAUCAUUAACCUCAUCCCUCUGCAUGUGUUUGUGCUGCUGCUCAUGCAGCGAUUCAGCAGGAGGCUCUAUAUAGCCUACAGCACCUUCUUCAUCGUGGGCCUGGUGCUCUCCAUGCAGAUCCCCUUCGUGGGCUUCCAGCCAAUCAGAACCAGCGAGCACAUGGCGGCAGCAGGUGUGUUUGCGUUGUUGCAGGCCUAUGCCUUCCUCCAGUACCUGAAGGACCGUCUGACGCGGCAGGAGUUCCAGACGCUCUUCUUCCUGGGGGUGUCUCUGGCCGCUGGCGUGGUCUUCCUCACGGUCAUCUACCUGACCUACACCGGUUACAUUGCCCCCUGGAGCGGUCGAUUCUACUCUCUGUGGGACACAGGGUAUGCUAAGAUCCACAUCCCCAUCAUCGCGUCGGUGUCGGAGCACCAGCCCACCACCUGGGUCUCCUUCUUCUUCGACCUCCACAUCCUAGUCUGCACCUUCCCCGCCGGACUCUGGUUCUGCAUCAAGAACAUCAAUGACGAGCGCGUCUUCGUGGCCCUGUAUGCCAUCAGUGCGGUGUACUUCGCUGGCGUGAUGGUGCGUCUCAUGCUGACUCUGACUCCGGUGGUGUGCAUGCUGUCGGCCAUCGCCUUCUCCAGCGUCUUCGAGCACUACCUGGGAGACGACAGCAAGCGCGAGAGCCCGCCCGCCGACGACAGCAGCGACGAAGACGACCGCAAGAGCUCGGGAAACCUCUACGACAAGGCUGGUAAGGUGCGUAAGCAUGUAUCGGAGCAGGAGAAGGCGGAAGAGGGUCUAGGUCCCAACAUCAAGAGUAUUGUCACCAUGCUGAUGCUGAUGCUGCUGAUGAUGUUUGCUGUCCACUGCACCUGGGUCACCAGCAACGCAUACUCCAGCCCCAGUGUGGUACUGGCAUCAUACAACCAUGAUGGAUCACGGAACAUUCUGGAUGACUUCAGGGAGGCGUACUAUUGGCUGCGUCAGAACACGGAUGAGCACGCGCGCGUCAUGUCUUGGUGGGACUACGGCUACCAGAUAGCGGGGAUGGCCAAUCGAACUACGCUAGUGGACAACAACACUUGGAACAACAGUCAUAUAGCACUGGUGGGUAAGGCCAUGUCUUCUAAUGAGAGCGCGGCCUAUGAGAUCAUGAAGUCUCUGGAUGUAGACUACGUUCUCAUCAUCUUCGGUGGCGUGAUUGGCUACUCGGGCGAUGACAUCAACAAGUUCUUGUGGAUGGUGCGCAUCGCCGAGGGAGAGCACCCCAAGGACAUCCGGGAGAGUGACUACUUCACGCCGCAGGGAGAGUUCCGUGUAGACAAGGCCGGCUCCCCCACGCUGCUCAACUGCCUCAUGUACAAGAUGUCCUACUACCGCUUUGGAGAGAUGCAGCUGGACUUCCGUACGCCACCGGGUUUCGACCGUACGCGAAACGCUGAGAUCGGCAACAAGGACAUCCGGCUGAAGCACCUGGAGGAGGCGUUCACGUCAGAGCACUGGCUGGUGCGCAUCUACCGCGUCAAGAAGCCCGAAAAUCGCCAGGGCCUGGACCACAAGCCCCGCAACACCAGCCAGAAACACAAGUACAUCUCCAAAAAGACGACUAAGAAGAAGAGGGGUUACGUGAAGAACAAGCUGGUGAUGAAGCGCGGCAAGAGGCCAAACAGACGGUCGGUCUAAACCGACACCAGAAGGGACAGCAGGAAAAAAACAAACAAACAAAACAACCAAGAUGAGAAUCUCAAAGGACAACUUUAAAACAAACAAACAAACAAACAAAAAAAGACAAUGAAAAAAUGCCGCCAGUUUAAGUAACCCACCAAUCAAAAGGAAGAGGAGGAGGAGACGUGCUCUAUGCACUGUACAGCACGUCGUCAUGGAGAGUUGCCAAGAGGAAGUGAUGUCAUGUCGCCGUGACGACAUGGAGCUCUGUGACCUGAAUGCCUCUGUUUUUGUUUUU